CGAGUAUAAUAUUGAAGGAAGGCAAGACACCCAUGUUGAUUCACAACGACAUGGGUGUUAGAGUGUAUAUUAUGCUUAAAAAGUCUGAAAAUUAGUUCAACAAGUAUCCACUGUGUAUUAGCAAACUGCCUAGUAUAAUUGGUACCAAUGAACUGUGUGGAAGUUCAAAUCAGGAUAGCGAUAUGAUAACAUCUAUCAGCAUCAAUGAAAAUGAUGAAUUUGAUAAUAGGCAGCUGAGUAUUGGUGAAUUGGUAGAGCCGCUUCAUAUUUUGUGGUCAGAGAGCUGCGAUGGAGUUAUUUCAAAUCCUUGUAAUAAGUUCGUGGAGGUAGACCAAGUGUAUAAGACCAAAGACAUAUUGAAAUCUGUGAUGGAAAAAUAUGCAAUUGAAAAAAGAUUUCAAUAUGGAACAGUGAGGUCAAACGCAAUCAGGUACCUGCUUUAUACAUACAAAUAUGUAAUUGUAUAAGUUGUUUUAAUUAUUUGUAUAUUGAUGUGUUGUGUUGUUUUUGCUAAUGUAGUUAUACGCUGGAGUGUAUUUCUGAUGAAUGUGAAUGAUUAAUGAAAGCAUCUCAUGUCAACAACUCUGGUAUGUCUAGAAUAAGAACAUUUAAUACAGACCAUACUUGUCUUUUGAAGGAUAAAGUGUAUUCACAAAAACAUGCCACAAGCAUGCUGAUUGGAGGGAUCGUUAAACCCAAACUUGUUGAUCACAAGAGAAAAUAUACACCUUCUGAUAUUCGUAGUGAUGUAAAGAUAUAUUUGGGAGUUGAUGUAAAUUACUCGUUGGCUUGGAGGGCUAGAGAAAAGGCUCUAGUUGCAUUAAGGGGGACUGUAGCUGCAUCUUAUAGCAAGCUUCCAUCAUAUUUGUAUAUGAUAAAUAUAACAUAUCCAGGCUCGCAUAUACGUCUAAAGAAAACAGAUAAAAAUGAGUUCUUGUAUGUCUUUGUUGCAUUGAAUAGUUUUAUACAAGGCUUUGAACAUUGCAGGUCUGUAAUUGUUGUGGAUGGAAGUCACCUAAGAGGACCGUAUAAUGGAACAUUUGUUGCUGCAAGUACAACGGACGGAGCAGUGUCAGAUAGAAAUGAAAGUAUCAUAAAGGCAGUGACUCAAGUGUAUAGAAAUGUGUCACAUUAGGCUUGUAUGUGGCACUUAUGGGGUAAUGUAGAGAAGAAAUUUAGGAAGGCAUCCAAGGAGUUAAGUCCUGUGUAUUAUACAAAGACAAAGACUUGCAACAAAGUUGAAUUUGACAGGCUGAUGGAUACUGUAAAAAAAGUUGAUGUAGGUGUUAAAGAGUAUUUGGAGCUAGCUGGAUAUGAUAAGUGGUCAAGGUGUCAUGCAGAAACUCAUCGGGGAUGGGCUAAGACGUCUAACAUUGCAGAGAGUAUAAAUGCUGCAUUAGUAUCUGCUAGGGAAUUACCAAUAUUCAAUUUUCUGGAAGAGGUAAGACUGAUGUUUGGGAGAUGGAAUCAUGACAACAAACACGAGGCAGCCUGCACAUUUACUCCGUUGAUUGGAAAAGCUCAAAGUUUACUAAUAGAAUAUGAAGCAUUGAGCACAUGAAUGGGGGUAUGUUUUAUGUACAUAAAUUAUUAAUUAAUGAGUUAUGCACACGGAUAGAAAUUGUAUAGACUUAUACAUAUACAUAAAUCUAUUUGUGUGAAGCAAGUUGUGCCGUCAAUUGAAUACAUAUACAAUAUGACUGAUGAUGGUAGGAGUUUUGUGGUCUGUUUAAAGAACAAAACAUGUAGCUGUGGGAAGUUUCAAUAUGAAGAAAUUCCUUGUGAACAUGUUUGGGCUGUAUUGAAGCGGAGAAGUCUAGUAGCCGAUGUAUUUUGCUCAGAUUUGUAUAAACCAAAGACGGUUUUGAAGAUUUAUGAGAUAUCGAUCUAUCCAUUGCCUUCCUUUUCAGAAUGGGUUAUACCUGAAGCCAUAAUGUAUAAUGAAGCCCGACCUCCAAAAUUCAAAAGACCUCCCGGAAGGCCUAAAAAUAAAUCCCGUUCAAAAACUAAACGUGAAUUGCUUGGACUAAAAGGAAAGCAUACAUGUAGUACA